CAUGUGGUGCAAUUGUCAAUGUCAUAUGAGUCUGCGGCCUGUGCUGUCUGCGCACAAUGAUCAUUUUCUAAAUAUCUGCUCAAGCCAAAAUCGACAAAUCUGACUGUUCGUUCGACGUUUGAUCUUUGUUGUUUUCUAAAACAAAAAUCACACCAAACGAAGAAGUAACUAUCCAGAGGGAGCCUCUUCUAUUAAAAUAUUUAUUACAACAACCAUUCAAACAUUUUGAUACAGAAUGAGCACAUUACAGAAGAUUUUUCGUUAAUUUGUUGGAAAUAAAGUACAUUUCGUAAAGAUUUUAUAAAGUCUCAACAUGAAUCAAAGCAUAGAUGUGGUUGAUUUAAUUUCUACUUUAUUGGAUAACGAGAAGUAUAAGGAAGCACUUAACGUUCCAAAUGAAGAGAGAUUAGCAGAUAGCUUUAAGGAUAAUUGUUGGGAUUUAAUACCUAUUAUCCUUGGUAAAAUUCAAGAUGAUACCAUUAUUAUAAAGCCAUCAUUAUAUGGUGCCUGUGAACAGUUGCUAACAAUUGUAAUUGAUAAAUCUGCUCCUGAGGAAGCUUUAUUAGAAUUUAUUGAGCAGAUUGAACUUGCUAAAAAUGAUGCACAGUUUGGUCUCAUUCUUCCACCCCUGCAAGAUCUUUUGAAGAAGUUAUCUCUAAAGAGAGGAUCUUUGGAAUGGUGUUUGAACUCUAUUAGCACUUACAUUGAAAAUAUUCCUGUUCCUGACCAUAACUUGGAAGGCAAGGAAAGAUUAUUAAUGGAUUCUGACCCUAACAUCAGAAGAAUCAUAAGAGUAUACUCUCUGUUGCCAUCAUUUUAUAGGUAUUUUAUUGAAGAAAUAUCAGCAGCAGAUUCUAAAAUCAACACAAAAGAAAUAAUUACAGCUUUUUUAAUAAGCCUUCUAGCCUUGAAGAAUGGCCAUAGAACUAUUAGGCCAUUUGCCUCUAUUAGUGUCAUUAGAUCACGUGCAUUGAGCUCUCAGCAAACUCAAGUAAAUCCAGAAAAGGACGUAAAGUUAUCUAUUCCAUCUACUUAUACACCUCCAAAUCAGCAAGAAAAUGAAGACCGUCAGUAUGAGGAAAAUAUAAAGAAUUGCAUUUUGGAGAAUGCUCUACAAUUUGUACCUAAGACUGGAUGGACUGUAGAGUCACUGAGCGGUGCCAAAGCAGCCGGCUACCCUACUAUAACUCACGGAAUAUUUCCUAGGGGUGGUGAUUUGGUACAUUACUUUAAUGUAAAAUGCAAUACAAAAUUGGUGGACGAAAUGAAAACUUGGCCCAAAACGGAUUCCAAAGACAAAGUACCAGCCAAAUUCAUUGAGAACGCCAUAUUCAAAAGAUUGCUAAUGAUUGAUCCAUACAAGACCACAUGGGCUAAAGCGAUGGCUGUUCAAACAAUGCCCAACAACGUUCCUAAUUGUUUAGCCACCUUAUUAUCACUUGUAGAUGACAUAUGUUACCAUUCCGGCGAUAGAAGUGUUGAUUUCAAUUGGUAUGUCCGCCGAGUUGGUGUUGCAGGAAUAUACAAAGCGGCAGAAUUGUUUUAUCUAACCGAUAGCAGCCAAGACAGUACUGCCACUAGAAAUUUUAUUGCAUCACGUAUUCGCGACGCCCAAUUAAUUCAGUCAGCAUUGAAUUUAAACCCGGUGGCUGGCCCACAAACGUUGACUGCCGCAUUUACAACGGCCAAGAAUAUGCUCGGAAUUAAUACAUUGAAGUAAUAUGAAGAUUAUAUUAGGGAAAUAAGUGAUGGUUAUAUUAAACAUUUCCACACUGAGAAAAUAUUUUGAAUUAACAGACAUUUCAAGUAUUAUUCAUAUUUAGUUGCUUGUAAUAAAUAGUUUAAUGGCUAAUUUGA